CGCAACUUUAUGCUUGAUGGUCGUGCUUCAGCAGCGACUAUAAACGUGCUCCCGCCGACUGUAGAAUCAAUUUUUUGCCACAACUCUGGUGGGUUUAUCUGUGGAGGUUGGUCCAAAUGGAGCGUGAAGUCGUGUGGCGCGCUAAUGGCGAGGAAGACCUGGCCAGGUAAGCCCCAGGGGGGCUCUCCCAACGCACAGCAGGAUCGAGAAUUGCCAUAGGUUCAGUGCCUUGGCUAGCAUUUGUUCACAAGAUGAGUGCAAUGGAAUCGGCCGCACCGCUCGCAAACGUGGAGUGUAUCCGUAACAGGGACCGGGAUUCCCGGCGAGAACAUCUUGGAUACACCAUGGACGACGAGUAUGCCAACAUGACACGACCCUACGCCUAUCGAGGCGACUCCACGCUACCUAGGCCAUACAGAACAGGGGCGGGGGAAAAGGAGUACGUGCAGGGGAGGGGAUACGAUUAUGACCAGGAGUACUGGCCCCAGAAAACUGCAAGUUUGCCAAGAAGUGCGGCAAACGGGGUCAACAGGACACACAAUGUGCGGGAGAACUUCGUAGCCGGGGGUUUCCGAAAACAUGGACUACAGCCGUCACAGACUGGUAGCAGGCCCAAUGCCACGAGUUACAGCGAGGAGCACGUCACCGGACAAAACAUUAACAGCCCCGACUUGCGAGUCUCGAUUGACAAUGCGAGGUCCCUCUCGCCGAUUUCAAAUACGUCCAGUUUCUCUUCGCCCCAGCAGCACAGUUUAGGAAGCCAUGGCAGUAUCUCCACAAGUAACUCGAUGAGCCCCCAUAAGAAAAAAUCCCGUAAACCUUCAUUCCGAGCUUUUGGCAGCUUGAUCCAGAAAAUGAUGAGGCAGAUACGAAGCAUGGACGAUUCUCAAAACUCUGGUGAGGACUCAAGAAGUGUUCACACAAACGAUGACUUGGAUAACUUGAAUAUGAAUCAUGGUGUGCAUUUGUCGCCUGUGAACUCCAACCCUGUUCGGCUGAAUGGCAAAGUCCCCGGCCUCUCUGGGCUGCAGAACCAUGGCAACACGUGCUUCAUGAAUGCCAUCGUCCAGUGCCUCAGCAACACCGACAUGCUGGCUGAGUACUUUGUCCUGGAGCAGUACCACCAAGACAUGCGUCGGAGCAAGAAAAACAACAAGAAGUUUGGAACUAGAGGGGAGGUCACCGAACAGCUGGCUUUGCUGAUGAAAUCGGUGUGGUCAUGCCAGUAUCUGCCCCAGCACACCACGGAAUUCAAGCGCAUUGUGUCCAAGUACAGUGGUCAGUUCCGUGGGAAUGACCAACAUGAUGCACAAGAGUUUCUCAUCUGGCUUCUGGACAAAGUACAUGAAGAUUUGAACUGUGCCCCAAAGAAGAAAUACAAACAGGUCAAGAAUCGUCACAACAAGAAUGACGAGAUCCUGGCUGCCGAGAUGUUGGCCAAUCACAUGCGUCGUAACAACAGCUUCAUCCACGACCUAUUCCAGGCACAGCUGCGGUCGUCACUGACCUGCCCGCACUGCGGCCGGCAGAGCAACACCUUUGACCCCUUCUUGUGCGUGUCCCUGCCCAUACCCCAACGCACAACACGAGUUAUGGCCGUAGCCGUGGUGUACAUGGACCGGGAGCCCAGGGUAGUGAGGGUGGGCGUGGUGAUGGACAUUGGCGCCACUGUGGCUGAUCUAAGGUCAGAGGUUGCCCGUCAGUGCAGCAUGGCAGUUACUAGGAUUGUUCUGACGGAAGUUUACUUUGAUGGUUUCUAUCGUUCCUACCAUGACAACCUCCCAUUGAGCGAACUGAGGGAAAGUGAUAGCGUGUACGCCAUUGAGACACCGCACAUUGCACAGGCCCUGGCCACCAAUACGCAGGUGCAGGGGUACCUGUACGUACAUUGCAACCGACCUGUUGGAGAGGUCAUCACCAUGGUGAUCCUAAACCAGCAGGGUCUCAGCAAGACUGGAAGAAGGUUUGGUCAUCCGAUAGCCAUUGAGGUCGACCGCAGCAUAACCAAUCAACAGCUGAGGAUUGUCAUCCUGAAGAAGAUGGGCUGUAGCCACGUGGACCAGGUCUUGACCAAGGGACCGCUGCUGAGGGUUGGUGUAGUCACGGACGCCAAGGGCUCCAGGCACUUCUUAAUGCCCGAUGAGUCCAGGCCUCUACACAAUACGGUCAUCACUAGGUUAUUACAAGCCACAGCUGAGGAGGGAGGACCAGCCCACAUCAAGGCGGUGGUGGAAUGGGAACACGACAUCCGAUUCACCUUCUCCCAGAAGGUUCUGAGCAUCUUCAUUGAGGAAGAUGAGAGUGUACAGAAGCAGAGACUGGCCCACCAACAACCAGUCAAGGCAUCCCUGGCAGACUGCAUGGACCUGUACACACAGGAAGAAAAGCUUGGACCAGACAAUGCCUGGAGUUGUCCCUUCUGCAAGAAACUCCAGCAGGGUUCAAAGCGACUCAGCUUGUGGUCGUUACCUGACAUCCUUGUCAUACAUCUAAAGCGAUUCAAGCAGCUGAGCACAAGCCGCACCAAGUUGAACACUCUGGUGGAAUUCCCCAUCCACGGUCUCAACAUGGCCCAGUACAUUGCCCGCAGGCAGCAGAAUGCCCACGCUGCCUCCCUCAACGCGCUGACUGGCUGGUCACCCUGGCGACACAUCCACAGACGACGGACGCAUCACGUGACGGAGCAUGUCUACGAUCUGUACGCAGUGUGCAACCACAUAGGUAGCAUGCAAGGCGGGCAUUAUACAGCAUACUGUCGCAAUCCCGCCGACAACCAGUGGUACAACUUCGACGACUCCAAGGUGGUUACUCUGCCUGAGGACACCCUGUUGACCCGCAAUGCCUACAUCCUCUUCUACCACCGCCGCAGCCUGUCUAGCACCAGCACCAGCAGCAGCAGCUCAAGCAGUUCCACCUGUUCCUCGGGCUCAGACCACUGGAUCCACCGCUUGCCGGCCUUCAAGCAGCAGCAGAAACAACAGCUGCAGCAGCAACAGCAGCUGGGCUCCAGCCAGGAGGACGUGCUGUCGGAUGAGGCCUCCAAUGACAACAGCCUGUCCUCGUUGGGUGCGCUGCGAGGUGAGAGGUCACUGAGCCUGGGCCGGCGCACCGACCUGCAGGAUGACCUCAGCGAUGAGGACUGUGGUGGCUUUGCCAGUCAGCAGCGGCCAUUUGUCCGCGGUGUCUUUGCCAGCGCUACCUUGCCACGAUCUCUCCAUCAAGGCAUCCGGUACAUUGACAGCGAUGCAGAGAGCGUCAUGACGGAGUCUUGCGUCUGAGUCCAACAUAUGAUGGUCUUGUCAAAGCCGAGUAUCAAGCAGGGAGGUAUUGUACUGAGUUUGGAGUGUGCACACCAACUAGAUUUUUUUGGAUGAAUUUUUGGAUACAGAAGAGGAUUUCAUCAAACAUUGCCACACUCUUUAAACUUUUUAUGAAUACUUGGUUCCUUUGUUCAUGGUUUUGGAAACAAUCCAUUGUUUUGGGAAAAAAAUUCAGGAAACUGGUAGAUUCAUGCAUGUUUAAAAUUUCAAAUGCCCAUGGUACAGUAGUUGAGUUUGAACAAUCCUUCCUGUUGUGAUAUGGUGAAAUUUUUCAGUGUUGUGAAAAAGAUACAGUCUGUGCAAUUUUUGGUGGUGUGAGAGAAGCAGCUGGGUCACAGAAUCUGGCAAAUUGAUAUGUGGUAGGCAGUGGUCCAGAAUUGCUAAUUCAUACUGAUAUGCGUAGGUGAGACAGUGGUGGACAGGUGUUUGUACAUUCACAGGUUCUCUGCCCAACCAUUACCUGAGUUGUAAAAUGUGAAGUAUUGCUGUCAGCAAAAGACAAUUUAGCACCAUUUCCAUUUGCACCUACACACUGAUGUAUUUGUGUUGUGAGGUCAUAUAUAAAAGUUACAGCUGCGGCUGAAAAUAACACAUUUGCCUGUGGGAACUAUUGGCUAGCCACAACCACUUCCCAUAGACAUGUGUCACUCCUGACAGCAGCCAUUUGAAUUAGACACAGCCUGGCAGAAAUACCACAGUUGUGCACAUUCAGUUGAAAAUUGGCCAUGCAUACAUCACAUCCUUUGCAUGCACAUAUUUGUCUGAGUACACUGGCUUCCUUGUCUCUUGUGCAUAGGUUGCACAAGCCUCACCGACAGUUCCUGUACAGGGUACAUUACUAGUCACUAGAAAUGUUGCAGUAGUCCGCAACUAGUACAGUGAAAGGACAUGGAGACUAGAACGAGUAAAUGGCUUUUGCCUCUAAGUGUAGGUAAGGGUAGAGAUUGAGUCUUUUUAUUCCUUUAAGUACUUUUUGUUCAAGUUUAAGGUCUAAUAUUUUUUAAUUCCAUUUCUUUUUUACAUUGCCUCAUCAAUUGACAAUGGUAUGUUUUUCACGACUAAAGUUGUGUUGCCAAUUUUCCUUACAUGUGGGAGUUUUUGUUGAAGUCAUAUUCAUUUUUCAGAACUUAAAUUUGUUUGUUCUGUAAAUAAGAUAUUUCAACUUUACUUUCAACAUUGACAUUUGAUUUUUAUUUCAAAACCAAAGAAAUAGGAAUAUUUUGUUUGUCGUUUUCUGUGUUGGUUCAAUGCACAUUUCUUUCAUUUGUUCAUGAAACUGUUGGUACAUGUACAUGUAGAUUCUCAUUUCUUUCAAUAUGGC